GCAGCAUGGCAGAGCAAGAAACCAGUAGCUUGCAAGUCCUUCUCUCCACCCUCCAGAGCUCACAUGACAAGGAUGUCAUCCUGAAUAUUCUUGGUGUUCUCAGUGACCUGCUCUCUCUGGGGACCGACCGGAGAAUCGACUACUUGAUCAGCAAGGGGGGCAGCGAGGCCCUGCUGCAGGCCCUGGCCGCCGCGGCCCGCGCUGAGCCGCCCGACGACGACGCGCGGCGCGCCCUGCCCUUGGGCCCGGUGGAUAGGAAGUUUGGACUGAAAGUGCAAAGAUUGGAAGCAACGGAUGUAAUAUUGAGUCUGACAAGAAAAAACCUUGGCCAUUACCUGAACCUCACACACUGCCUCUGGGUGCUGCGGGUCUGUGCUUCCAGUGUUACUGCAGGAACCACGCUUGGCAUCAAUGGAGCCAUGGAGCUGCUUUUCAAAGUCAUCACUCCCUACAGCAAGAGACACAUCAGGACAGUCAGGGCAGCCAUUGAGGCUCUGGCAGCUUUGCUGAAAUCAAAGUCUAACAGCCGACGGGCGGUGAACAGAGGGUAUCUUUGCGGAUUGCUGAAGCUCUAUCAAGACUGGCAUCACAACGAUGUCUCCAACGACUACAUUCACAUUCGUAGGGGUCUUCUAAUCUGCCUGAAACACAUCACCAACAUCCAGCUGGGCAGGGAGACUUUUCUUGAUUCCCGUGGAAUGGAGAUUCUUUUCACAAGUGUGCAGGAUUGUUUAUCUUUCAAGAAUUUGGAUCCUAUUGUAACAACUGUGACUCAGAUCCUGAGAAAGUGCUACCCCAAAGAGCCUUUGCCUGUGCCAACAGCUGGAAGUUCCUAUUCCUUCUCUAUUCCUGGGAAAGUUAGCACCGAAUGUCCAUGUAUGGUACCUGAAGAUGAUUAUGAAAGUGAUGGAGAAGAAGAUGUGGAAAAAGACUUGGAUAAUGAUGAUGAUGAGACUAAGGAGGAAGAUUAUGACUUGGAGACAGACGUGAACAAACUGAGGUCAAGGCCGGUGCUUGAUUGGCCAGAGGAGGAGCUUAAACAAUAUGAAGCAAUGUGUCCAGAGCUUUCCUGUAAUUUUCAGGAUCUUGAAUUAGAGUCUGAAGAAGAGAAGAGCUCGGAGGACAACACUGAGAAUCUUCCAUCUACUCCCUCUUAUUUGAUUCCAAGUGCUACUUCCGUGAAACAUCAAAACACACAGAGAACCCAAAGUGUCACAGUGACGGGACCAGAUCCAGGGGAGGAAGAUUUUAAUGUCCCACUGCAGAGCUGGACAAAAAAGGAGAAAUGCAGAUGGGCUCAGAUCGCUGAGAAGAGAGACAUGGUAGAGGCAGUCCAAGAUGCAGACUCCUGUGAAGGGGAAGAUAUGGCCAGGACUCAUGUGGUUACUUUGCGUCCUCUCCCAAAAGAGGCUGCUUGGUACAAACAAAUCUUUGACAUUGAAUGUGAGGCCUCAAUCAAUCCUAGUCUUGGAGGAAGACUGAAGCCCUCAGAUAUAAUGAAAAGUCUUCUGAAGAAACACCAAGGGAAUAUGCCAUUCCACAACCCUUGCUUUUAUGUAUCUCGGGCUGAAUGCGUCAAGUCCAUACCAGACUACAAAUUCUUGGCAUUCCCUGAUUUCUGGGGUCACCAGCCACCUCCUUGUGGCAAGCCCAUGUUGGAACGGAAGUAUGGGGUUCAGAGGGACAGAGUCCUAGAUGAUGUUCGCCGUUUAAUCCAGCCGAGUGAUGUGAUAGGCAGAACCAUUUUUGAUUUAGAUGAGCCCAGUCACUCAAGCCCAGGUGCUCCAGACUGCCUGACAUUCUUCUCCAAGUUUGAAUCAGGAAACCUUCGCAAAGCCAUCCAAGUGCGUGAGUUUGAGUAUGACUUAAUUAUGAAUGCAGAUGUGAACAGUAGCCAGCAUCACCAGUGGUUCUACUUUGAAGUCCGUGACAUGAAGUUAGCAGUUCCGUAUCGCUUCAACAUUAUCAACUGUGAGAAGUUCAAUAGCCAGUUUAAUUAUGGAAUGCAGCUGGUCAUGUAUUCAGUGAAGGAAGCUCUCCAGGGCAGACCUUGCUGGCUUCGGGUGGGCUCUGAUAUCAGCUACUACAAAAACCACUACCGCAGCUGUGCUGCUGCAGCAGGAGGCAUGAGGAGAAAACCCUACUACACACUCGCCUUCAGUAUCACGUUCCCUCAUGAAGAUGAUGUCUGCUAUCUGGCCUACCAUUACCCCUACACCUACUCCACGAUGAUGUCCCAUCUUGACAUCCUGGAACAAAGCAGGAACCCCAGGAAGGUUUACUGGAGGCAGCAGACGCUCUGCCAGACGCUGGGAGGAAAUCCAUGCCCGUUGCUCACAAUCACUGCCAUGCCAGAGUCUAAAAAAAGAGAUGACUUGGAGCAAUUCCACAGCCGUCCGUAUGUAUUUCUAAUGGCGAGAGUUCACCCUGGUGAAAGUAAUGCCAGCUGGGUAAUGAAGGGGACUCUGGAGUUCCUUGUAAGCAGUGAUCCCAUUGCUGAUCUCCUGAGGAAAUGUUUCAUUUUCAAGAUUGUCCCCAUGCUCAAUCCAGAUGGAGUCAUCAACGGCAACCACCGUUGCUCCUUGAGUGGGGAUGACCUGAACAGACAGUGGUUGACCCCCAGUUCUGAGCUCCAUCCGACCAUUUACCACAGCAAAGGUCUCCUGUACUACCUGCGCAGCGUAGGCCGGGCCCCUCUGGUAUUCUGUGACUACCAUGGCCAUUCCCAGAAAAAGAAUGUGUUUCUGUAUGGCUGUAGCAUCAAGGAGACCUUGUGGCAGGCAGGCUGUGUGGUUGACACAUCAGUUAUCACAGAAGAUGUUGGCUACAGGACCCUUCCUAAAAUCCUGGAUAAAGUGGCCCCAGCAUUUGUCAUGAAUAGCUGCAGCUUCCUGGUGGAGAAGUCCCGGGAGUCGACGGCUCGGGUGGUGGCGUGGCAGGAAAUGGGUGUUCUGAGGAGCUACACCAUGGAGAGCACCUACUGCGGCUGCAGCCACGGGCUCUACAAAGGUCUGCAGCUGGGAACUCAGGAGCUGGAGGAGAUGGGAAACAAAUUUUGUCUUGGUCUGCUCAUCCUGCAUCUCAAAUCCUUGCCCUGCACCAAGGAAGUGAUGGCACAAGCAGCGAUCUUGCUGGAUCUGGAGGAGGAGAUCACAGACCUCCGGACACACAGGUUUCUUGUAAAAGGAGACUCUGAUAAACUUGUCGACUACGUCCUGACAGCCAGUCCCCAGGAAG